AUGACCGAAUCCUUAGCUGUCCUUCGCCGUCGUCGCAGUGACGAUCUCGCAAAACUCGCCGAUGAGCACCUACAACAGGAUCUGCAGGCGUCGGACCGCGACAAGCUGAAAUCGGCUGCCUCAACCAUUUCCGUCUGGACAACAGUGGGCUCCGCUGUUGGCAUCAGUCUUGGAUUAUUUGCCGCUAUCCGACUACGCAGCACACGCAAGGCCUUUUUCGCUGCGGUUCGCGCGCAGGAGAGACCUACAAAAGUUGUUUUUGCUGAUGGUCGUACCGAACCAAUUCCUGAUCUCACGCCUCUGUUGAAGCCUUCAACAUUGGGGGAUGUCGCGACGUACUUUUUUGCCUCCGCUGGUGGACUAUUCUUGGGUGGAGAACUUGGUUUUGCUGGCGGGGCAGCGAGCGGGAGCCGUAGCAUCUCGGCUGAUCCCGAGAGCAAAAAGAGAAUCGAGACGGCUUUUAGGAAGUUCCGAGCCGAUGUGCUACGAAAGGAGGCCGACUCUUUGGACCAAGGCGCAAAUGUUUCAGAGGUGAUGUUCUAG